AACAUCACACGGACAUUGGUGAUAUUUUCACUGCCGCUAACGGUCACACAACCUUUUGUGGCUACGACGACGACAAUGUCGAGGCGAUCCGGGCCUCCUAUAACGCUGGGCAUCAGCUUGCUCACCAUGGGAGAUUGAUACAGAAAUUGAACGCCUCAACCAAGCUUUCGUCCGAAUUCUUGGUGUUAAACCCAAAUUCUAUAGGUAUGCACAUAGAUCCAGCGGGUAUGCCAUGGCUAAUACAACCAACUAGACCUCCAUAUGGUGCCAUCAACGACACGGCUGCAACCUAUAUUCAACAAAAGUUUGGGUUGACCAUUGUCUUAUGGACAGAAGAUUCCAAAGAUGCAAGCGGGUAUCCUGAUACUGAUUGGAAUUAUAACUUUUAUAGCAACCUCGCGCAAACGGGCGCAGGGAGACCCCACAUGACCUUGUCUCACGAGACGGUGGAUGGCUCCUAUUACGCCUUAGAACAAGGAACUCUGAACGGUUUCACCAGUCGCCAGAUGCAGUUGGUCACCACUGCUGAUUGCUUGGGUAUGGCAGCCUAUGAGACUGUCACAGGCUACUUUGGUAGCCAAUUUAGUGUCUCUGGCAAUGCGAUCAAGACCGCCAACUCGUUCGUCAACUGCGAGGAUAUCUGGGCGGGAACUACACUGUGUAUCCCUACUAGCGACUCUCCAACCGCGACGGCCACCGGAACUACUACUUCCACCUCUUCUAGCUCCGCUGCGACACAAAGCGCUUCCACUACUUGCGCGAGCACAUAUACUGCUCGCGCCGGUGACACCUGUGCUUCCAUUGGUACACAAUUUGGACACACCGCUGCCGCCAUUUCCGCUGUCAACAACUUCGGGAAUGGACACCCAUCUGCAUUCCACCAGGCUGGCGACAACUGCGCGAGUAUCGCUGCUCAAUUUGAGAUAACCGCGCAUGAUGUGGAGACCGCCAACACUUUCCUGAAUUGCAACAACAUCUGGGCGGGUACUCCUAUUUGCAUCGUGGGUGGAUCUACUCCUACUGGGACGUCAUCCUCUGUAGCAGCAACGCCAACCUGUGCGAGCACCUACACUAGUGUUGCUGGAGAUACUUGCGCAUCCAUUGCCACCAAGGUGAGAUCAACUGGACUACUUUCAGUCAGUGAUAUCUCUAACCACGUUUACGCUCUAGUAUGGUUUGACUGCCUCAAACAUUCAAAGCGCCAACACAUAUCUCGACUGCAACAACAUUUGUACGUUUUUGCCCUCAGUUUAAUUGAAAUCACUCACAAAAUACCUAUAGGGGCAUGGACUCCGGUCUGCAUCCCACCUGGAGGUGUUUCGCAAUGUACGAGGACCUACACCGCAAAAAGCGGGGAUACAUGCGAAAGCAUUGCCCGAGAGUACGGAACAACCAGCUCGCAGAUUCAAGCAUGGUGCGCCUAUCGUUCUCCUCAUUCGGAGCUCACAUUGACCUCUCACUACAGGAACACCUUUUUGACAUGCACAAACAUUUGGGCGGAGACAUUUUCCCAUUCCAUUGUGGUCCCUCCACAGCUGUCACUCGUUUCCAUUACUUUACUGUCGUAUAACAAGUACAUACUUGUCAUUGAUUCUACAAAGUUUUAUAAUUUUAACCUUGCGGCUAUUUUAGACGCCGCUUCAUUACCAAAAAUCAUGAGCACAUACAAUGCCCUCAACUUUCCUGAUGCAUUAAAAAUUGUACCCUCCAUCAAGAAGGGCGAUCAUGUGGAAGGUAUCUUCGCCACAAGUGACCGUCAGAUGGAAGCGAUUGAGAAAUAUGGCAUCGCAGCGUCCUAUUUGCUGACGAGCUACCUCUCGAACGGGACGCAUGGACACGGUCUUCGUGGACGCGACGAGGAAGACUCGAGCCUUUACUCGGACGUCGAAUACGAUCCCAAUUGGCCGUUUGACCGAGAAGGAGGCGCCAUUAGUUUUCACGGGGUUUCCCAAGAGUUGGAGACAAGGAGCACUGGUAACGGUGCAUAUGGUGGCGGAUCAUCCAUGCCCCUAACACACGGUGUACAACAACAACAUCCAGAAAAGGAAAAUCACAGCUCGAGCUUUUCCCUAGAUUAUCCAGAGGUCGUUCUGGAGCUUGGCUCGGGAAUGGGCUCGGUUGGUCUUGUGGCGGCAGAGGGCUUGGCGAUUCGAUAUUCCAGGGCAGAUAGUGCCAUUUUUAGACACUAUCAGAAUCAAGAUCUAGACUCGAGUGAUCGUGAUGGUGCUACUACUAAGAAAGAUUGUGCAUGUGCCGGGAAGACGGCCAGGGAUUCUACCGUGAUCCUGACGGACCUGCCAGAAGUAUGCACGUUGAUGGAGGAGAAUGUUAGGAUGCAGAUGGAACAAUGGAAAAACGAGCGACUUGAUAAUAUUGCUGUGGAUGCGAAGUAUGACCAGCAGCGCGGUUCAAAGAGUAUGGAGAAGACUUCUGAUAGUCCUUUCCCGCAGCCAAUCGUGAAUCUCAAAGUACGAAGCUUGGCUUGGGGAAACCAGUCUCACGUUCACAGCAUUUCUGAAGAACUACGGACGCAGAGAGGAUUCGACGCUC